AUGGGGCUUCAGGGUGUGAUCAUGACCUACGCAAAGGAAACUGUUUUCGACCAUCGAACAAAUUCCCGGCAGGGGCUGGGUAUCUCUUCACAACCCGCGGAGCCAAGCAAGCUUGAGGAAAUGCAGUGUCCAAGUAUCGAGGCAUGGAGACAGGGAACAGUGCAGACGGUCGAGCUACUCGGUAAAGGUGAUUACUUGGCUGUUAAGUUGACGGGGGCUGGUCCUACCGUCACUGAAGCGUUUGCCGCGGGAGAGCUCCCACCACAGCAAAUGAUUGACGCGCUCGACGAGAUCUGCACAAAAUGCAAAGACCGCAAGGUCCAGAUCCUGGUUGACGCGGAGUCUCAGCAUUUCCAACGAGGUAUCCAUCGCAUAACGCUCGACCUCAUGGGUAAAUACAAUCGGGACGAAUAUGCGCUAGUGUACAACACCUACCAAGCUUACCUCAAGAGCACUCCAGACACCCUCUCCCAGCAUCUGGCUGCUGCCAGCAAGGAAGGAUUCACGCUGGGCCUGAAGCUAGUCCGCGGAGCAUACAUAGCCUCUGACGAAAGAUCCCUCAUCCAUGACACCAAGAAGGAUACUGAUGAAGCCUAUGACAGAAUUGCACAGGGUGCAUUGAGGCAGGAGAUAGGGGAGUUCGGGGUCAAGGAUGGGCUUCCCUUCCCAGCAGUCAAUUUGUUCCUGGCUAGUCAUAAUAAGGCCAGUUUGCUGGCUGCUCAUCAGUUAUGUCGGCAGCGUGUGGAGGCCAAGCUACCUACUGUGCCGGUGGGGUUUGGACAACUUCAUGGAAUGUCCGAUGAAGUCAGCUUUAGCCUCCUGCAACUCAAGGGUCCUGAUGGUGAUCCGAAGGUGUAUAAAUGCUCAACAUGGGGCGCAAUGGGAGAGUGCCUGGCAUAUCUGCUUCGACGCGCAAUUGAGAAUCGCGAUGCUGUGUCGAGAACGGGAGAUGAGCAUAGAGCCUUGAAGACGGAGAUUAGAAGAAGACUCGAGUCUCUUGUCUCGUUUUCUACAUAG